CUUCCUCCCAAAAGCUACAAAAGACCUCGACAUGCUUUUCUACAGGGUAGUGGAAAUCAUGUUGACUCUUCCCAGUGUAUCUGCUUCGACCUCACCCCAGACCUGAAAACCCACCUUCUCCACUGUUCAAUCUGGAUUUUACAUAUAUCUGCUGCUUGAAUUCUGUUCUGCUAAUGGAGCCUUGCAGCUAUAGUUCGGAAGGGAAGAGCCUUUUGUUUUCUGAAGAAAUGGAUUUUACUGUUGAUGCUCUUUCUAGGAGUAGAAGAGUCUUAGUGGGAUGGGACAUGAAACAACCUAGCAGUGGAUUGGAAGAAAUAUCAGAGAGACAAGCAGUGGAAAACAUGGAAUUCAUGGAAGUGGGUAUCCCUAACAUGAUGAGAAAACCACUUCCUAGUAGUCAUAGUGUGGGGAUUUCAGGUUGUGGGCUUAGCAGCGAUCCCAGCAAGAGAGUGGUUUCUCCUACUUGUAUUUCUAAUUCGUACUCAAUUUGUGGGGAAGAAGAGUCUGGGUCAAGGCUCUCAAAUGGUGUGAUGGAAUCAAACAGUCAGGAUUCAUCACUAAUUGAUUUGAAGCUUGGGAGGUUGGCUGAUUGCUCUGAUACAAAGAACAGUAACAAUUCGAGGGAGAGAUCUGUGUUAUCUUCUGUAGCUUCAUCUUUACCAGCAAAAAGAGCCCGCACAUCAAGAUCAAGUGUGUACCCCCAGACUCCCUUUUGCCAAGUGCUUGGUUGUAACAUGGAUCUUAGCUCCUCAAAGGACUACCAUAAAAGACAUAAAGUUUGUGAUUUUCACUCAAAGACUGCCAAAGUCAUUGUUAAUGGCAUCGAACAAAGGUUUUGCCAGCAGUGUAGCAGGUUCCAUUUGUUGGCUGAAUUUGAUGAUGGUAAACGUAGUUGUCGCAAACGCCUUGCUGGUCAUAAUGAACGUAGAAGGAAGCCUCAAUUUAAUAACCACUCUGGUAAACCACAAAAUUUGUUUCAGUCAUAUCAAGGCAAUGGGCUUCUAGGACCUUCCUUACCAAGAAGAGCAUCUUUUGUUUUCCCAGACAUACUUCCUGAUACUGUUCUUUGUCCAGAAAGACAUACACAGGGUAAUUGCAGCAGGCAGGUCAAAUUAGAAGAUAAACCAAGUUUCUGUCCUGAAUUGGCAAUGCCUAUGUCCUAUAGGCAGCAGCUUCCAAAGCCCUUCUUCCAUCUGCAUGGUGUGGGAAAGCUGUAUCCUUCUGGAAUUCCUCCAUUGGAAACCAAAGAUUUUUCUGUCUUCAAUGCAGCAUCGACUGUUCAAGAGUUAUCUGGGGCAUCAAACUCCAGUUGUGCUCUCUCUCUUCUGUCAGCUGAGUCCCAAAGCUUAGCAACCCAUUGUGCUGGAAUUCCGGUGACUGACCCCCUAAUUAUCCAGGAUACCCAUGCCCAUUAUGGCAUGGGACAAAAUUCCGAAAAACCUCUAGGAGUAAGUUUUUUGGAAAAAUGUGCAUCAAAUGGAUUUUAUUCAUCUGGAGUACACUCGAUGGAAGUUGAUCAGGUGGGGCCUAUAACGCAUUCUGAUGCUGCUAAUGCUAUUGACUUUGAAGUCCAUGGGACAUUGCAAGGAUUGAGUUUUCUAAAAACCAAAUAUUGUCUUUCGAAUGAGCAUGGACCCACUGUUGAUUUGCUCCAAUUGUCGACUCAUCUUCAAAGAGUGGAGCAACAGAAGAAUUCCAUGCUUGUAAAGCAAGAAAAUGAUAAUUUUUGCUGUAUUUGACCACUGAGGGUUAUGAAUUCUGCAAGGUAUGUCAGCAUAUUCCAUUUGAAUAUUUCUUUGCUAUUUCUUUUAAUUCCCCAUUUAGAAGUGGGAGUGCUUACCCAGCUAAAAUAUUUAUAUACAUACGCUACUGUGUGGAUGUUAGGCUGGAGAACCACAGGCCUGUCGUAGUGGGUGUGGAAAUUGAGGCAAAGCAAGGAUAAGAAACAAAAAAAAAAUUGGUAGGAUGUGUUGCAUUACCUAAGAUUUAAAAUGGCAAAAGGAGAGGAGCAGAGGGACUCAUGAUUGAAAUGAUCUACUUUUAAGAGCAACCAAUGUUGAGUUCUUUGCUUUGUAGAAAUUGCUCCAUUAUUUAGUUGUACUUAAAAAAAAAUUGUACUUGAUGCCUACUAAUGCGAACACUGUUAUUUAAAGAUCACUUGAAGAUAAAUUUAAUGGAAACCUUUUGCUGCUCCUCCUCCCACCUGGAUGGUGGGGAAUGAUCUGCCUAUUGUAAAGGCAUGUUAACAUACCCAAAUUUGCCUUCAGUUAAUUUAGAUUGUUAACCUUGGUGCAGGUUGAAGGCAACUAUGGAAAUGCUCCAUUGGAUAAGUUCAACUGACUUGACUGAUGCACUUUAUGGAGGGCUAGAAGAAUCUUCAGUUGACAUAAGUUAUAGCAUUCCCUUUUUUCUUUUUCAACGAAUUCCAUUAAAAGAAUGCUGUGUAGAUUUUUGUGCUGUCAAGUAAUGUUAAAUUUGGAACCAUAUGUUUCUUCAGCUGCUCAAGUCUCUUCCUCUGCAGCUCCAUGGGAGUUCAAAGUUUACUGUUGCUUAGAAUGGACAAUGCUGUAUAUUUUGUGGAAAAAAAAAAAAAAAAGCAGAAAAGAAAAUUUGCUUGAUCUGA